AUGUUCCAAAAGAAACCCCCUACUGUCCGGCGAGGCGGAUCGAGAAGGCCCUCGUUCAUGGGGAAUGGCGAUGUGGCCGAUGUCGAGGCCGAAAAGGGCCCCUUCAACGAUGAUUCCAAGAUGCCUUUCCUCACCGUGAGAACAUUCUUCAUGGCCGUCCUGGUCUCAUUCGGCGGACUAUGUUUUGGUUAUGAUACAGGACAGAUCUCCGGCUUCCUGGAAAUGGACGACUUCCUGCGCAACUUCGCCAACGAGCGCAAUCCACUAGGGUUCGAUAACGUGCGAUCCGGUCUGAUAGUCGGCAUGCUCUCCAUUGGUACCCUAAUCGGAGCACUCAUCGCCGGCCCCGUCGCAAACAACAAAACAAUCGGUCGCAAGUACUCCAUCUGCAUCUGGUCCGUUGUUUUCUGCGCCGGUGUCGCCGUACAAAUCGGUUCCCUCGGUCCACGAUGGUAUCAACUCAUGAUCGGACGGAUCAUUGCCGGUUUGGCCAUUGGAGGCAUGUCCGUCGUGGUUCCGGCCUACCAGGGCGAAUCCAGCCCUCGACACGUCCGAGGUGCUAUUGUGUGCUGCUACCAACUGUUCAUCACAAUCGGCAUUCUGAUCGCCAAUCUGAUCAAUUUCGGCACCGAGAGCAUACAAAACACGGCCUCAUGGCGUAUCCCCAUGGGAAUUGGAUUCUUAUGGGCCAUUGUCCUGGGUACCGGGAUCCUAUUCUUCCCAGAAACACCCCGCCACCAAUACCGACACGGCGACAUCGACCGGGCCACGACCAGCGUCGCCAAAUUCCACGGCGUGUCCGAACGGCACCGAGUCGUCCAAGAGCAAGUGGUGGAAAUGCAGGAGAAGCUCCAACUCGAACUCGAAGGCGGCUCUCACCCAUGGUACGAAGUCUUCACCGGACCUCGCAUGCUGUACCGCACUCUGCUGGGCAUGACCGUCCAAGCACUCCAACAGCUGACGGGCGCCAACUACUUCUUCUACUACGGCACGACGGUCUUUGCCAGCGUGGGCUUAUCGAACUCGUACGUGACCCAGAUCAUCCUGGGCGCCGUCAACGUCGGCUGCACGUUCCCGGGCCUGUACUUCGUCGAAAAGUUCGGCCGUCGCAAAUGUCUCAUGGCUGGCGCGGCCUGGAUGUUCAUGUGUUUCCUGAUCUUCGCGUCUCUCGGCCAGUUCGCCCUGCAGAACGCCGACGGCACCAACAACCAGACCAUCGGCUAUGUCUUGAUCAUCUUCUCGUGUCUGUUCAUCGCUGCUUUCGCAUGUACUUGGGGCUGUCAAGCUUGGGUGGUUACUGCGGAGAUCUAUCCGUCCAGAUACCGGUCGCAGGCUAUGGCGCUGUGCGCUGCCAGUAAUUGGUUGUUCAAUUUCCUCAUUGCUUUCUUCACACCCUUCAUCACCGGCGACAUCAACUUCGCCUAUGGCUACGUCUUCGCCGGCUGCAAUCUGUUUGCCCUGUUUUUCGUCUACUUCUGCCUGCCCGAGACGUCGGGCCGCUCUCUGGAGGAGAUCGACACCAUGUUCCUCCUCGAAGUCAAGCCGUGGAAGAGCAGCAAAUGGAUCCCGCCGAGGGGCGAGGAACUCAUCACCGCCGAUAGAUUGAGAUUGAAUACUGGUGGGAGAGGCAUUACCAAGAAACAGGAGGCCGGGUACGGAGCGGCGGAACAGCGCGAAACGGUUGGUGUUAGUGAUGGUCCGAAUGGAGGACACGGGGGUGGAGUGCUUGGUGGUGCUGAUGCUGGUGAUGACUUGCCUCAUGUUCCUAUCGUUUCGGGCCAGAAUCAGUCUCCUAUGGGCGCUGGAGUGCGUGGCGAAUCGUUUAGAGGGCCGCAAUGA